AUGGAAGCCAAAAAGAGAACGAGCCGCGAGGGAUGCAGCAGGUAUACUGUAGCGUACAGUAACCCUGGGAUACGGUAUUUUUCAGCAAAGCGAAGAAAAGCGACAGCGAAACUUCAAAUAGAGAGGUAUUUCUAUCAGGAAGGAAAAACACUAAAGUGACCACUUAAGGGGCUGAGUUCGUUCAACAGCGACAGCUCAAUCUUCAGUGAAAAUCCGUGAGUUUGGAAAAAAAAAAAGAAGAAAGAAAGCCGACUUGCGUUUUCUCGGCGCGAUAUCGCGUUUUUUUCUUGACGCGAUAUCGCGAUGACCCUGGCACUCGAAUUUUUCUUGGCGCAUUCCCGAUUUUUCGCACGAAUAACUUCCUACCAGUUAGCGAUGUCGCUGGCGGUACAUUUGCGAUAUCACAAAAGUGCUGCGUUGUAGCCGCGUCGGUUUUGCGUUUUCGAUGGAGCGAACGCGCAUUUUCCUUGACGCAAUCUCGCAUUUUUCUCGCACUAAGAAUAACUGCCGAGAAGUUGGCGAUUUCGCUGGCGGGACAAUAACGAUGUCGCAAAAGUGCUGUUUUCUAGCCGCGCAGAACUCGCAUUUUAUUUUUUCGGCGCGAUAUCGCGAUGUCCAUGGCGCUCGCAUUUUUCUCGCACUUAGAAUAACUACUUAAAUGAAAGCGAAGUCGCUUGCGGUACAUUUACGAUAUCACAAAAAUUCUGCUUUGUAGCCGCGCCAAUCUUGCCUUUUCCUUGACGCGAUAUCGCGUUUUCCCUCACGCGUUCCCGCAAUUCACUUGGCGCUACCUCGUGAUUUUCUUCACGCGUUAUCCCAUUUUCUUUGACGCGAUCUCGCAAUUUUCUUAACGCGAUCUUGCAUUUUCCUUGGCGCGAUAUCGCAUUUUCCUUACAGCGAUACCGCAUUAACCUUCGCGCGAUAUCGCAUUUUUUUACACGAUAUCGCACUUUCCUUAAAACGACAUUGCAUUUAUCUUUGCGCAAUAUCGCAUAUACCUUAGCGCGUUAUCGCGUUUAUCUUGGAGCGAUAUCGCAAUUCCAUUGCGCGAUCUCGCAAAUGGCAAGAAAAAUACGAGUCCGACGCGGCGAAAGUUCGCGAGGUUAUCACUGUAUCGCCAGCGACAUCGCUUUUCUCUCGCACUAGGCAGGGUACCAAGAUAUGUUGAAAGCCUAAAACAACCUGAAACUCGGCUUGAAGAUGCCACGCCUUCGCCCCGUCUUUCGUCCUGAACGACGGUGACGAGAAGCACGCCUACCGCCUUCAGGACGGCGGCAAACUCAUCAAAGUCUACCGAGCCGUCAGUUCAGUUUCGUGAUUUUUGAAUAACUCGAAGAGUUCAGAACGGCGAGGUGGCCUACGCGCUGAUCUGCACGGACGGCCGUCGGGUCUACAUCGAACGGAAGGUCGACUCGGCUUGCCUCGUUCUGAGUGACCCCAAGGGCAACGUCGUCAAAACCCUCGCCGCACAGUAUUGA